UUAAGGAAAAUGGCUCAUAUGCACAGUACACAGGAGGAAAAUCACGUAAACGCCCAUGCAGUCAACAAAUCGCCAGGAUUCGAACCCCGGAAGAAACUAUCAGGGCUCAGGGGCUUUACCGCUAUGCUGCUGGUAAACUUUUCAUACUAUUCAAGAUGGAUAGUGGGCCAUAGUUCAGCUUACUUAAUGAAAAGAACAUAUUUGACUGCAAUAUUCUAUCAUCUCACAGAAACAGGUGUGCAUUCAUACGAAUAUAUUGACAACUUUCCCCGUUUUGAAUGCCUCAACUACCUGCAUUUUAUUCCAACCGUACAGAGCAGUCCAUCAGUGAUGGUAAUGAUGUCGGGAAGACCAACUGCCCACUUCCCCAUUCAAAGACAUGUGUACGGGCAACUGGGUUAUAAAGUGAGAGCUAGUAUUCUCUGAAAAAUAUUGUUGACACCUGUCACUAGGUAAAGUCAUAUAAAAAGACAUCUCGAUGAUUCCUUACAUGAUGUGGGGUUUUUAUAUUCGUUCGUUCACGAUUAACCUCUUCGCCCGUGACGUCGUACGAACGAAGAUUCCCGGGUGCUCGUGAAUUCGGAAAACUGAAAUCCAUUGUGUGCCGGACGUAUUUUGCAGUCAUGGCUAAUAUGCAAAAACAAUUCCUGUAGCACCUGGUCAUUAUCUGAACAUUUGGAUUCUUGCAUAUGCCAUUUCUUAUUGCAUAAGCAGAAUCAUUUUUAAAUAAAAAUAAAAAUUCAGAUUAAGCUAAAUUUCGGUAAGUCUAUAAUGAUUAUAUAGCCAUAUUGAAAUUAUUUCUGUGCAAAAAGGAAGUAAAAACUCAAGAAUUUAAAUAUCAGUGCUUAUUAUAUCCUAUGUAUUUAUUGGGUCAGUCCAUAAAUUCGUGCGCAUCUUUGGUAAAUUUUUA